GGCCCUGUCGGUGGGCAUGGGCUUCUCCUCCCUUCCUCUCUCCUCUCCUCACCACCUCCAAGUCACUCUCACAGUCUCACCUCUGAGCUGUGGGCCUUGUGGGGGACUGGUAGACGAGACUCCUUCAAACACACAUCCAAGCCAAGCCAACAAGCCUUGCCUAGCCACUCUCUCUCCCCUGUCACCUCCUCUUCCCCCUUCCCCUCUCUCCCCUUGCUGCUGUUCUCUUCUUCCUCCUUGGACUGGCCUUGGUCUUGGUCCUUUAAGGGUGCAUGCAUAGAUGGAUGAUGGAUAGAUAAGAUGGAUAUGUUUUCUCCUAGCUAGCUCUCUCCCAAGGAGACAUUCCCCACUUUGUGCCAAAUUGUUAUUGUGAUUGCUAUUGUUAGUGUAUUUUUAUCACACCCUUUGUAAUCUAGCUUAGCCUUACCAAGCAAUAUAAUCCAUCUCCAUCUUCUCCUUCCCCCUUGAGGCCAACACCAUCCCCCUCCCUCCCCUAUUUCUUCUCCAAAACCUACAAGUAGAGCACAGCGCCACCAACACAGCCUCACAAAGAAGAAAAAGCUCGGAGGGAAAGAAUCAUUUCCCUAGCUCACCGAACCCACCGAGUCCCCCACCUAGCUUGGUAGCCGAAGCCAUGGAGUACAAGAGAUCAUCGCAUGUGGAGGAGGAGGAAGAGGAGGAGGAGGAGGAGGAGGAGGAAGAAGACGAGGAGGAAGAAGAGGAGGACGAGGACGAGGCCGGAGGCGCCCACCGCUACACCACUGCGGCAGCGGCGCCUGUAGGCGUGCCACAGCACCAGCAGCAGGCGCACGCCCAGGCUCUUGGACUUGGCUCGCACUCGGCGUCGCUGAUUGACGCCGCCGCCUUCUCGAGGCCGCUCCUGCCUCCCAACUCCUCUCUGGUGACGCAGCCACAGCUGCCUCCCCCCGGCUUCAUGCCGUCCCAGCGCCAGCCGCAGCUCCAUCCGAGGAGAGCGGAGAGGGAGAGGGAGAGAGCUGCGGGGGCGCCGCAGCCGCAGCCGCAGCCCCGGCGCCACCAGGAAGGGGCGAGGAAUGGUGUUCUCGGCGGCGGCAACGUGGCCCCGCCGGCCUCGACGCUCGCCCUCGCGGCCGGCGCCGGAGCCGUGGAGGCGGCGCAGUGGAGGUACCGGGAGUGCCUGCGGAACCACGCGGCGCGGCUGGGCGCGCACGUGCUCGACGGCUGCUGCGAGUUCAUGCCGUCCGCGGGCGACGGGGCUGCCGCGCUGGCCUGCGCCGCCUGCGGCUGCCACCGCAGCUUCCACCGCCGCGAGGCGGUCCCCGGAGGCGUUGCUGCCGCGGUGGCGGCGGCGGUGCCCCCCUCGCCGGCAACCCCCACCGCCGGCGCCAACGCCAACUCCUCCCGGGUCAUGCCGCUGCUCCUGGCGCCGCCGCACAUGCAGACGCGCCCGCACGUCCCGCCAGUGUCCCCGUCGUCCGCGCCCGCCGCGCUGACCGAGUCCUCGAGCGAGGAGCUGCGCGGGCCCGCGCCCGCGCACCAACCGCCUCCGCCGCCGACGCUCCCGCCCCACGCGCAGCUGGCCGUCGGGGGCUCGGCCUCCGCUCCCCCGGCGCCGAGCAAGAAGCGGUUCCGGACCAAGUUCACGGCGGACCAGAAGGAGCGCAUGCGCGAGUUCGCGCACCGCCUCGGGUGGCGCAUCCACAAGCCCGACUCCGAGGCUGUCGACGCCUUCUGCGCCCAGGUCGGCGUCUCCCGGCGCGUCCUCAAGGUGUGGAUGCACAACAACAAGCACCUCGCCAAGAUCCCGCCCUCGCCCCCAUCCUCCCAGCCCGCGCUUCCGCCGCCGCCUCACCACCAUGACCACCACCCGCCUCCACCUCCCCACCACAUCCACCACCACCACCACCACCCGGCGCCGCCGCCGCAGCAGCAGCAUGAUGCAUGAGUGAGUACCGAGUAGCCGCAGAGCAAUGCGAGAGGAUCAGAGGGUGCCAUUAGCUUAUUAGCUCAUUUCUUUAUCCUUCUUCUUCCAUUGUAAUUUCAGUGACAUCCUGGUUGUUAAGAAGUUAACUCAUCAUGCAGCAGUUAGGAGGCAGUAAUAUGAUUAUGUGACCUAAUCCCAUCUUAGCCAUGCUUCGUCGUCCUCAUUGCUUUCUUGGAUAACCUCAAUUAGGCUAGCAACUUAGCAUCAUGGCUCUUGCAUUGACGACCAUUGUUACUUC